AUGUUGCUGCAAUACAUCUCGCUCAACCACAAGUCAACAGCACUCAUUUAUUCUCACUCUGAACUAAACCCCACUCCUCUCGCCAACGAAGAGUGCAUCACCAAAACACGACCCCUCAGUAGGCGUGCCCGCGACGUGCCCACGAUGAGCCCAGCAAAGGGCCCAACGGCCCUCAGCAGCGACAAGAUCCUCCUGCUCGUGGCCUCGCCGCCGAAGCAAGACUGGAUCAGCCGCAUCGAGUCGCGCUACCCGGGCAUCGAGAUCCGCUGGGUCGACUGCACGAGCUCGGGGGCGCUGACGACGCCGGACGAGAUCCCCGCCGCGCUGUGGAAGGACAUCACCAUCUACUCAAGCUGGCUGACGCCGCGCGCCGAGCUCAUCCCCAACGUGCGCUUUGUGCAGCUCUCCUCCGCCGGCGCGGACCGGUGGCUCGACCACGCCCUGUAUCUGAAUCCAGACGUCGUUUUUUGCUCGGCCAACGGCGUCCACCCCGCGAGGCCUCGUGGGCCAACCGUCUCGCUUACCCCGUCGAGGACUCUGUCGGCCUCCGCAUGGGUGUUCUCGGCUACGGCGCCAUCGGCCGCAGUGCGGGCCCGUUGCGCAGGCCCUGGGCAUGGAAGUGUACGCCUACCGCGCAGCGAGCGCGCGGACCCGGCCUCCCGGAAGGACGACAGCUACUGGGUCCCUGGCACGGGCGACCCAGAAGGCGUGCUGCCGGCGCGCUGGUUCCACGGCGCCGACGUCGAAUCCGUCAACGACUUUCUCGCGCAGGACCUUGACCUCCUCGUCGUAGGUCUGCCACUGACGAAGGAGACGGACGGGAUCCUUGGGGCAAAGCAGUUCGACAUCUUGUCCAAGAAGAAGACAUUCGUGUCCAACAUUGCGCGCGGCAAGCUUAUUGAUCAGGAGGCCCUCGUGGCGGCGCUUGAGCAAGGCAAGAUUCGAGGGGCAGCUCUCGAUGUCACGGACCCGGAGCCGCUGCCGGCGGACCACCCGCUAUGGAAGGCACCAAACGUCUUCCUUACGCCGCACGUCAGCGGUCGGAGCACGGCCUACUGGGAUCGUGCGCUGGCCAUCUUUGAACAGAACCUGGAGCGCUGGUCCGAGGGCAAGCCGUUGAUCAACGAGAUCAACAGGACGCUUCACUACUGA